AUGGAAACUGCGGAUGAUGCGGAUCACGACCAACCAGAUACCGUGGUCUUCGAAGUGAACGUGGAUGGAGAGCCCGCCGAGCCGGCUGCGGCUUCAAGGGCCUCCAAAGCCUCGAAGGCCUCCAAAGCCUCGAAGGCCUCGGUGCUUUCCGGAGGUCACAUGACGACCCGGUUUACCAGACGUUCGAUGCUGGGAACGGCGACCUUCCGCGAAGUGUCGGGGUACAGGACGCUGCCCCUUUCGAAAUCUGCCUAUGACAAUGCUUUCUUGAUGCAGCUCAUCACCAAGCGGGUGAUUGGAAAGGGAUUGAGUCUCCUCUUGCUGAACUUCUUUGUGCAAGCUGCCGUGGUGUACCUUCUCUGGAGACAGACUCGCGGCUAUCGCGGCGAGCGCAUGGCGCUGCUGUUCGGAGAGUCUGGUGCCCUGGAUUCACCAGGUGUUUGCUGGAUGCACAACAGCAGCCUUUCCUGCACCCCUGACGAGGUUCUCCUCAGCAGCAGCUUCGCGCGCCUGGAUCUGGAUGGAGAUGGCCAGUGGACCUUCGCCGAGGCCCUGAAUCUCAGCGAGACGUACGCACGCGACACAGGACGCCAGGUGAACGCGUCCCAGCUGUACAAGAACGUGUUUCGCACCAUGCAGCAGCAUGCCGGUCCUCGGAUAGCACUCUGCCAAACCGAUGAGGAGGCGGAGGUCCUUACUGUUUCUGGCAACUGGUUGCCAGCCCAGAUCGGGAACAUCUCGAGCGAUGAUAUGGUCCAUGUGGAAUACCCUGACGAGUGGGAAGAAGAGGUCUAUUUCCUUGUGUCCCGGGAGUAUGUCCGCAAGCGCGAGAACCACACGAUCUAUGCCUGCAGCUUCCGGAAGUGCGUGGACAUGGAGACCGGGGCGACGGACUCCUUGGGAGGCGACUGUACGACCUACCACGGUUUUGCGGAGUCACCGUGUGCUGGCGAGUGGGACGACGAGGAGGACUUCCAGGUGCAGGAGCUCUGCUGCACCUGCAACGGUGGCUCCCAGAGCCUGACCCUCACAGGCCUGGGUCAUCUUCCGGUCGACAUCCCCAUCGAGGACCUGGUGACCAAAGAGUUCCGGCUGUGCAUGCAAGCCGCCCCGGAAGAGGCCCAGCAGCACGAGUGUAUCGCGAACUUCACGGCCAUCCCUGGGGAUCUCUACGAGCGGGAGAUCGCGAGGUACACCCACUUCUGCCUCGUCCCCGAGGCUGACAUCUGUGGAAACCUGGAAGGGAGGCAGCUGCUUCCAGACCUGGACUUCGACCUGCUCACUUCCAUCCCGCUCUUCCUGAAGGCUCGGAGCCAAGAGGUUCAAGGGGUGCAGGGUUGA